GUGCAACCAUCAAUUGCUGCUAACCCAAGCUAGACGUUAUGCCACCAACGGGUCUGAAUCGUCUGUUGCGAAUGGGGGUUCAAAGAGUAACGAGACUCCAACUAGAGAUCCUAAUAUUCAAGAUCCCAACAAGAAAACAUCACAAAGCCAUGAGAAACUCAUAAAGGACAUCAAAGACUCUAUAGUGAAAGUUCCAUCUCCAAAGAAACUAAAAAAAUACUUGGAUAAUUACAUUGUUGGUCAAACAACAGGGAAAAAAGUUAUGUCUGUUGCUGUUUACAACCAUUAUUUAAGAAUCAAUGAUAAGGCGAAAAAACUAGCUAAAAGAUUAGCAGAGGAAAGACAAAAGGAAGAUGAUGAAUUGUAUUCAUUUAGUGAUAAUGUCAAGCCUACUAAUAAAGAUCCAGAACAGUUAAGCUUCUCAUUAGAUACUGAAGAUCAAGAUCUGGAGUUGAGUAAAUCCAACAUCUUAUUAUUAGGACCUUCAGGUUCCGGGAAAACUUUGAUAGCAAAGACAUUAGCUAGGGUGUUAAAUGUUCCAUUCUCCAUUACUGAUUGUACACAACUAACACAAGCCGGUUAUAUUGGUGAAGAUGUUGAGUUAUGUAUUGAAAGAUUGUUGAUCAAUAGUAACUAUGAUGUGGAGAAGGCUGAGAAAGGUAUUGUUGUUCUAGAUGAAGUUGAUAAAUUAUCCAAACCUUCAAUGGCAAAUGGUACCAAGGAUGUUGCUGGUGAAGGUGUUCAACAAGCAUUAUUGAAGUUGAUUGAAGGUACUACUGUUCAAGUUCAAGUUAAAAAACCAGUCAACAAGGAUAAAGAUACUCAAAAUAACAAUACAGUCGCUAAGAGAAAUGAAACAUAUCAUAUUGAUACCAGUAACAUCUUGUUCGUUUUGAUGGGUGCAUUCAUUGGAUUAGAUGAACAUAUAUCUUCAAGACUAGCCAAAUCAUCUAUUGGUUUCGAAGCAGAUAUUAGUGAUCAAGGAGAAGGUAAUAAUAAGCAUACUUUGAAACAGAUUAAAUUAGAGGAUGGAAGAAAAGUGUCAUCAUUAGAGUUGAUCACCCCGCAAGAUUUAACAGCAUAUGGUAUGAUUCCUGAGUUAAUUGGUAGAGUUCCAAUUAUUACUGGGUUAGACUCUUUAAGUGAAACUGAUCUAUUAUCUAUCUUGACUGAACCAAAGAAUGCGUUGCUAAGUCAAUAUGAAUACAUUUUCCAACAGUUUGGUGUCAAGUUGAAAAUUACUAAACCAGCUCUAAAGAAGAUUGCUGAUUUGUCAUUAAAAGAAGGGACAGGUGCUAGAGGAUUAAGAGGGAUUAUGGAACGCUUACUACUGAAUGUGAAUUAUGAUUGUCCAGACUCGGGAAUACAAUUUGUUUUGAUUGAUACAAGCACAGUUGAUUCCAUCAAUACUGGGAAAGUUGAAGCUAAAUACUACGGUAGAGGAGAUAUCUUUAGAUUUGUUGAAGAUGUGUUGAAAGAGGAUGAAGAACUAGGGAAACAGCUACAGAGCGAGUACAAGAUCACGCCAGUAGAGCAAGAGAAUGAGGCAGCCUCUGGAUAGGCUAAAUCUUUAUAUAAGUGCC